UAUUAUUUGAAUAGAUGGAUAUUGUUUGUGCUGGUUGUUUUAGUGUGUGUAUAUGUAUUAUUUGGUGAUAAAAGCAGUAAAAUGUCAGUAAUGGAAAAAAAUAAAAGACGUGUUAUAACUAAAACAUUUAUUGCUGGGGUUGAUAAAAAUGUUACACUUGAAGAACUGAAAACAUUUCUGUGUAAUGAUGAUAAAGUCCUUGAAAGAACGUUGACAUUGUCACUCUUGCUGUCAAAAUCAGGACAAUCUCUUGGCUAUGCUUUUGUGAGCAUUCCAAUUACUAAAAUAAAAAAACUCUUUAGAAAAAAUGAAAGUAAGCUACGAGGAAAAACUUUUACUCUUUUACCAAGUGAAAAUGUUCGUUUACCGAAAGGGAGUCGGUGGAAAACAGAAGAAGAUGGAGUGUAUAAAGCCACACCUCCUGUUCUUGCUACAUAUACUAAUGUUGCUAAUAACAACAAACCUAUACCAUUUUGUUAUAAUAUGAUUGACUGUGGAUCAUGUAUAUUACAAGAUAAAAAGCUGGAUUACUGUAUAGAAGGCAUUAUAGAUAGAGCUGCGAAAUGUGGAGUUGAGAAAAUUGUAUUGUAUAGUUCCAGUGUAGAAGAAGCAAGAAGGGCCAAGAGAUUAAGUAAAUUAUUUCCUGAUCUUAUUUAUUACACUGUUGAAUGUGACCCAGAGAAAGAUUUUAUUGUAGGUGGGCAAAUACUUACAGUAAAAGAAAAGAAAAUCUUUAACGAUGUUGCAGAGGACAGAAAUAUGAAAGCUUUUAAAAUAGCAUUCGAUCUAGACACCCUGAAUUCGUUUAAAAAAAAGAAAUAUGACCAUUUUCUAAAUGUUCUUAAAUAUCAGAUUAAAUGGGCUAUUGAGCUGAAGAAACCAAUAAUUAUAGAGAAUACUGGUAAAUACAUGUAUUGGAGUGGUUACAUUAGUCUCCUGCCAGGCUAUAUUGAUGAUUUAUUCAAAAUAUUUGACAGUUUUAAUGAUAAACUUCCACGAAUAGCCAUUACUUCUGAAGGUCUGCGAGAAGAACAGCUAAACCGUCUGGUUAAAAGAGGUUACUAUGUAAUUAUUACAGGAUAUUCAUGGGAUACAAAAGUACCAGUAACAUUCAUUCGUACAUGGUUAUGGAAUGUACCAGACAAAUAUUUAUGCCAAAUUCUUAUAUCAAGUGGUUCUGUUUAUCUUUCAUAUGACUUUCUAAGCACAUUUUAUGCAAAUCGGAAAAAAGUUAUGUUGUGUCAUCCAGAUGAAUAUUAUAUUUUCGAUUCAACUUCUUAUACUUCCUUGGAUCUGUUUUUAGUAUACGUUGAUGUUCCAGAUGUUUGUAAAAAUCAACCAAUCGUCAUGCCGUGCCUGGUAGAACUUGUUGCAGCCAACAUAUUCGUCAAAACACCAACAGAGUUAGCUAAAAUCACAAAAGAGAACGCUGAGAGAUUUUAUUGUUUUGAAGAAUUGCCAGAAACUUCAAGAGAAUGGAAAAAACCCUUAAAGAAAUUGAAACCUUGUGUUAGUUUAUUAACAACAUUUCAAGAACUGCCGCCAUGUGAUAAAUUAUUUUGGAUUAUAUUCUGGAUAAUUGUUUUACUGUAUAUUCAUGUAAUGUUUAUCAACCUAUACUGUCCUGAAAUUUAUAUAUUUUUAAUAUUUACCUAUAUCUGUUUUUAUUUGGUUCAAUGUAUAGUUAAAAGAAAACAUUAACUUUUGUUACCUAUGCCUACAGUUAAAGAUAUAUUAUUCAAGAGCUAUAUCGGUCUUGGCUAGGGCUGGGUAUCGAUAGUGAUUUUUACUAUCGAUAAUCGGCAAUGAAAUGUCGGUCGAUAAUCGAUAGUAUCGAAAACAAACUUAUUUUCACGGUCGUCAUCAAGACUGGAUACAGUGUAAGUUCAAAGUUCAAAACCAUACGAAGUUGCGAAAGAUCGUUUGCUCCUGUCUAAGGAGAUUUAUUUGGAAAACAUGAAUAAAACUUGUUAUAUCACGUAUAUAUACAUAAAUUGAUGUUGUUUAUUAUUAAAAUAAUGCAGCCGUGGUUCCGAAUGAAGAAAUAUCGUAAAUAAUUAUGUUAAGGGACCAAAAUGAACUUGUUCCGAUUCAAAACAUGGCAGACGAAUUCUGAAGCUUGCAAAGGGAAAUAACUCUAACUUUGUUUACACAUCCGGGUAUCUCCGAUUUAGCGAUAUUCAACAAUAAUUUCUUCAAAACUAAAGUAACGUUUCAAUGAGAGUGAAUUUAUGAAAACGGCUGUUCAAUAAGCAGUCACAAUUUUGUUAUGUGUUACAUUGAUACUUGAUAGUAAUUAAAGUGAGAGAGAGAGAGAAAUGGGGUUUAACGUCCACUCGACACAAACUAGGUCAUUUCGGGACUAACAUGGUUCAAUUUUAUUUCAAUAAUUCGCUUGCGCGUAGGGGUCUUUAGCAGUGGGAGGAAACCGGAGAACCCGGAGAAAACCCAUGAGGUUGGACAGGCGACCCUACUCCUUGUCACGUACAACCUGGGAUUCGAAACCACACCAGUCGACUCAAUGACAGACUUUAUGAUACAGCGCGCACACGCUAACCAUUCAGCCAUCCAACCCCCUUGUAAUUAAAGUGAGCGGUGUAUUAUGAUUAACUGAAAGAAAACAUUGACAUUUCAGACGCAAGAAAAAUAGACGAAGAGCGAUAAUCGAUAGUAACCCACCGCUAUUGAUAGUGCUUUUCUGGGCCGUCCAAUCGAUACUAUCGAUUUAUAUCGAUAUUUUACCCAGCCCUAGUCUUGGCGCAGAUCUUUCAUUUGGCCUCAAAUGUUAUAUAAAUCAUUAAUUAGGCAUUCAUUUACAUACCAGGCCCACAACCAUCUCUCUAGAACUUUAGUCGGGUGGUUUUGAUUUUCAACAGAUUUUAAUACAAUUGGCAGUUAAUGAUUUAAUUAAAAAUGGGAUAACCAAGACUACGUUUAUUAUCGUACCAACAGUAGAGAUGACAAUCAAGACUACACUGUUUUUCCAACGGCGAUAACUCCACUCAGAAUAUCCCCUUUUCAUUAUCUGAUUUUUAACUAUUAUAGCAAGAUCUGUCAGCGCUUAAUCUAAAUGUUACAUAAGGCAUCUUUAAACAAAGGCAGAGGAAUCGGAAAAAUAAGUAAUUAAAAAGCAGUGAGCACUGUAAAAGAUGCAUUAUGCCAGAUUUAGAUAAAGAUAUGAUCGUUCUUGUUAUAAUAGUUCAAUUUAAAUAUAGAUAACGAGAAAUGAAUAUAUUGAAAUUUUCAUUCAAAUUACUUAUUCAGAGAUAAGUUAUGUGUGUUUGAAGAUCUAUCGCAGAUUGUUUAUUAUCGUAGCCAUGGUACUUGGCAAUCAAGACUUAGUCUUGUUAGUCCAUUUUAUCGUUAAAUUUUUAAAUAUCGCAUCCUUAUCCAUUUAAAUCUCGACCAUCCGAUGGUCUAGAGAGUUGAUUAUAGGCUUGUCAUGUUAAUAAAUGCCUAAAUAACAGUUUAUAAACCAUUUGAAGCCAAAAAAAAGACCUGCAAUAGGAAAAUUUAGCUCUUACAGAAAAUAGAGACAGGAAGAUGAUAACUUUGAUCUAAAGCAGUGGACACAUUAGCGGAAUCAAUCUGCGCCAAAUUUUAUUCGGCCGAAUGGGUGGACACACUAGCCGAAUGCUUCGUCCGAUUCACCCUGUCGAUUGCAUCACCUUUCACGUCACAUGAUUAAACAUGGCGGCGUCUAUGUCGUCAAACUAUCACAUGACUUCUCGAUAUGAGUGGUGAUUGGCUAAUGAAUUCUACAUUCGGCCGAAUAAAUAUUCGGCAGAAUAUAUCAAACCUGGCUAAUGAAUUCUACAUUCGGCCGAAUAAAUAUUCGGCAGAAUAUAUCAAACCUGUUUGAUUCGGGCUAAUCAUUCGACUAGGCGACUUUCGACGCCGAUUUGAUUCGGUGUGUCCACCGCUUAAGUGACAAUGGUGAAACUUGGUGUAUAGUUUUAUUACAUCAAUACCGUGAGUAAAUUUUGUUGUAAUGAGGAUUUCCCACACCAGUUCAGCAGAGUGAUAAGGAAUUUGUUUGCUUAAUAUUUCACAAAACGAUAUAUACAUAAUUAUUGAGUGUCAUCCAUUUAUUUGUGAUUAAGGCAGACUAGACAUCAGCCAUUCUGCUGGCUUGUUAAAUUGGUAGUAAACAAGGACAAAAGUUUCUAAUUUUUUCUGUGGUAUUCAAAUAUCUUUAAUAAGAUGCAAUCAGAGAUGAUGGAGAGAUCUGGGGCCUGUUUCAUGAAAUGUUAACUAAGAUAAAAUUCAAAUUUUAGUAAUUUGAUUGGAUAAUAUUAGAUUGAUUUUAGUGCUUAUAGCCAAUCAAUAUUUGAAGUAUCUUCUAAAACUUGGAUUUUAUCUUUAAUUAAAAUUUCGUAAAACAGGCCCCUAAUAUUUAAAUUAAAUUAGUGGACACAUUAUAUCAAGAAAAUAAGUACAAUCUGAAAGUAUACAAUGUUAAGAUGAAAUAAUUUAGAAUGAUAUUUGAUUUGAUAUUUCCUAAUAUACCAAGUACUAUUGCGUUAUUUGGUGAAAUAAUUUAAAAUGGUAUUUUAGCUGUCAUAAUAAAAUGUCUACUGAUGUUGUUUUAGGUGCAAUAAUAUAAAAUUCUGUGGACUGUA